CGGUCUACUACAGAGCCAGCUCUUCACGUGCGCUCAUGUGUUUACCGGGCGAAAUCCACGUGUGUGAGCCGGCAGACCCCGCCUCUGCACGGGAGCGGAGGGUCCCCGCCCACCGGAGUUCAUAAAAGUGUAGCCCAAGUCUAUGUCUGUGAGAAUACUUGGAGACAUUGUUAAGGAGGGCUAUUUUGUCGCUGAAGUUGUAGUCUAUUUGAUUCAUUCGAGGCGCUGGGUUAAAUAACAUCGGCCUCGGGCAUUUUUCUCAUCAGAGCUGCUGUGCACAAUCAAAAAACAACGAGGCGGCAGAUCAACAGCAGCUUAAUUCAACAGGUUUGACAUAAGAAGGAUUUUAACGGGACUGGGCUGCAGCCGACUGAUAAUUGUAGAACGAUGGCUGCUCACCAGCGGAUCCUGAGCGGCCCUGCUCGACGAAACCUGUUCGGCCCAGUCGACCGGGAGGAGCUGCAGACGGAGUACCAGGCUGCCCUGCGGAAAGACCUAGAGGAGGCUUCGCAGCGCUGGGGCUUUGACUUCAUCUCGGACAAGCCUCUGGAGAGCAGCAAUUUCCAGUGGGAGGGCAUCCCAGGCGCCAAGGUGCCGCUGCUCUACAGGUCCUGUAUGCUUGGUCUGGGACAGGCAGAUGGUCGGAGGGCAGUUACGCCCAAGGGAGGAAGGGUGGGGUCGCCUCAGAGUGAAAAGGAGAACACCCCAUGUACGCCAGAGAGAUGUGCACUCAACCUGGAAAACCUGGAGAAAACACCAGAGAGAAGAGAGAUUACAGGGCUGAAGAGGAAACAGACAAACAUUACAGAUUUCUAUCAGACUAAAAGAAGAGUAGUUUGGAUGCCACGCAAAUCCGGCGAGUGAUUUUUCGGUGCAGUUUUACCGCAAAGGUGCCAAGAGAACCACACAAACAGUACUACACUCAGGAAUACUACGCUCUGCACAGACUCUGCACAGUCACUCAUCAGGGGUCUUGUACCCAGUGAAUCAUCUGACAACAGAAGGGACCUCAGCUACACUUCAUUACUAUAAGGUUAAUUAGGGUACUGUAUUCAGUGUGAGGGGGUUGGUGUUUUUCCCAGGGGUAAGAAAGGGACAUUUGAGCAGAGAAGAUUAACGGUAAUCUCUCGAAUCAGUGGAUUUAUACUCAUUUGGAUCAUGGGGAUGCCAAAGUGUUGACUGACAUUUCCUACUGUACAUUCCACAGUGCUGAAAACGCAGCAGCCGCGUCUCUGCGAACUGUAGAAACUCUGUACCUCUUGCAGUAUGGAGAUAGGAUGGAUGAUCAAAUUACAGAACGCACUUGAAACAGAUGUCUUGUUGGUUAGAAUCAUCCUGUCUCAAAUUAAGGAGUGGCUGUGACAAAACUGCAGAAUGAUUGAAAAUGGUAGAGAAUGGAUGAUGCCCUUUGGCGCCUUUGUUCAAAUCCACUAUUGUUUUUCUACAUUGUUUUUUCUUUAUGUGUAUCAUGAGGGCUAGGAGUCUUUUUUUUUUUUUUUUUUUUACACAAAACAUUUAUUAUACUUUCUCUACCAUCAUGUACUCAUUGGAAAAUGCUUGAAGAGUUCUGAUAUCCUGUACAUGCUGUUGCUUUGCUUAGAUUAUUAAUGACAGAAGUGCCAUCAUGUCCUCUCCCGUUCCUUCCAUCUGCUGUAUGUCAAUCGAUUUUCAAAGCAGAUCUCCACAAGUGCCCUGUGCAGACUCUGACAGCACCAGAUAGUGUAGAUUAGAAGUGUAGCACCAUGUCUUUGGAACGCUUAAAACACUUAUAUUUAGGUUUAUUUAGAUAUAUAUCAGAGAUUUAUCUAUAGAGUUUAAUACAGCACUGUUAAGUAGCAUUAUCGUAAAAAAAACAAAACAUUGCAGUAUUGCACAUACAUCUGAUAGGUGGUGUAUACGAAGCACCCACUUUCAAGUGCCUUUGCCGCAUUUGUUUCGGUAUUAAAGGACAAUCAGAAGAAAGUGUUCUCAGAAGCAAACGUAUUAUAUACUAAGCUAAAGCUAAGUGCUUUAUUCUUUUAUUUGGAAGUAUAGUGCAAUUAGAAAAGACAAUGUGUUAUCUGCCUCAAAACAAAAAGUGUGUUUGUUCAUGGCACUUAUUUAUGUCUAUGUUGGCAAACCCUGCUGCUAUGGGUAAUCUGAAUGCGUGUCAAACAAGGUCACUGUAAUGCUAAUCCUGACGAAGUGACAGUUUAGAAAUGUUUGCCGCUGCAAAUACGAAGCCAAGCAAAAAAACAGCAUUACCUGAAACGAUGAAUGCACUUCUGUUUGUAGAUGCUUGUGCACAGGUCCUACAUAUUGUUUUAUGUUAAAAGCUACAAAUGAAAAUAUGUAUCCUUAUUUAUUGUGCGAUACUAUGCCUUGUGUUAAUUUAGUUUUUGUGUAAUUAUCAUGAGAAUUCCAAUAAAAUGUUCAAAUGACA